AUGCUCUUGAUUGGCCGGGCUAUUACUUACUACGUCCACAACACAAUUGACUUCAUCUCAUGUACCUUCUUCAAGAUGGAUUCAUCCGAAUUCCGCACCGCGGCCGCAGAGGCCAUAGAAGACAUCACAAAAUACUACGACACAAUCACCUCCCAACCAAAAGUCCUCCCCUCGGUGACCCCAGGCUACCUCCGCCCCCUCCUCCCGCAAUCCGCCCCCGAGGACCCGGAAUCAUGGCAGACCAUCCACGCCGACCUCCAAUCCCACAUCGUGCCCGGCAUAACCCACUGGCAAUCCCCUUCCUUCCACGCCUUCUUCCCCUGCUCCUCCUCCUACCCGGCCAUGCUCGCCGAGCUCUACUCAAACGCCUUCAACGGCGCCCACUUCAACUGGAUCUGCUCCCCCGCCGUCACCGAGCUCGAGACGAUCGUCCUCGACUGGCUCGCCCGGCUCCUGAACCUGCCCGCGCCGUACCUCUCCACCGCGCCCACCCGCGGCGGCGGCGUCCUCCACGGCACCGCCUCCGAGGCCAUCCUCACCGUCAUGGUCGCCGCCCGCGACAGGUUCCUCCGCGCCCGCACCGCCCACCUCCCCGCGGACUCGGAAGAAAAGGAGGACGAGACCUGGCGCCUGCGCUCCAAGCUCGUCGCCCUCGGCAGCGAGAUGGCGCACUCGUCCACGAAGAAGGCGGCGCAGGUCCUCGGCGUCCGCUUCGCCACCGUCCCGGCCCCGGCGGAAACGGGCUACGCAAUGUCCGGGGCCGCCCUCGCCUCCACCGUCGCCGCGCUCCGCGCAAAGGGGCUGGAGCCGUUCUACCUCACCGCGACCCUCGGCACCACCGACACCUGCGCCGUCGACGACUUCCCGGGCAUCAAGGACGCUCUGGCCCCUGACGAGCAGGACGGCAUCUGGGUCCACGUCGACGCCGCCUACGCCGGCUCCGCUCUCAUCCUCCCACAGAACGCACACCUCACGGCGCCCUUUGCCGCCUUCCACUCCUUCAACGUGAACCCGCACAAGUGGAUGCUCACAAACUUCGACUGCUCCGCCCUCUGGGUACGCGACCGCGCCUGGCUCGUCGAGUCGCUGAGCAUCAAGCCCGCGUACCUGCGCAACCAGUUCUCCGAGGCGGGGUUGGUGACGGACUACCGCGACUGGCAGAUCCCGCUCGGCCGGCGCUUCCGCAGCCUGAAGCUGUGGUUCGUGCUGCGGGCGUACGGCGCCAGCGGGAUCCGGAAGCAUCUGGAGAGGGGGAUCCGGCUCGGGGAGAGGUUUGCGGAGAUGGUGAAGUCGAGGGGGGAUCUGUUCGAGAUUGUGACGGGGCCGCGGUAUGCUCUGGUCGUGUUCACAUGCAAGGCCGGCGAUAGAGAGAAGAGCAACAAGGUGACGGAGGCGGUGUUGGAGAGCGUGAACGGGGAGGGCGUGAUUUAUUUGACGCCGACGACGCUUCAUGGGCUGUAUGGUAUCCGCAUGUGUACCGGGAGCAGCCAGGUUAUUGAGGAGGGGCACGUCCAGAAGGCGUUUGAUAUCAUUGUUGCGGCUACCGAGAAGGCGCUUGCCGAUGGACAGUAG